GACCCGGUGUUUUGUUUUUUCCUAUUUCCACCAACCAAAGAUCAUCAUCAUUUUUCGCUGCCAAAAAUGUGAAUUUUUUUUAAGAAAAAAAAAUGUCUUCAAUGAAUUUAGAAAUAGCAACCGCAACAACGACGAUCGCUACAAACAUUCAUAAUAAUAAUAAAGAACAAUCCGCAUCAAUUUCAUUUGGCAAUAGUAAUAACGCAAUGAAUAUGAUACAAACAUCAUCAUCCACAGCAGCAGCAGCAUCUGCUGUAGCAAAUUCAUCUGCGAUUUCGGAUUCCAUUAGUGGUCAACAGCAGCAACAACAAUUGAAUCAAUUAAAUAUGAAUAAUAAUUAUGAAUUUUCACCAAUGAUAUUUCGUUCAAUGUCUGAUGCAUCAGCAAUACGUCGUAAUCAAUUAAUGAAUCCAUCAUCGUCGACAUUAUAUAACCGUCAACAGCAGCAGCAGCAAUUGAAUAAUUUAUAUGGACCAUCAUGGUCAAAUGUUGAACAACAACAACAACAAUAUUCACAUUUAGAUUUAAUGACAAUAAUAAGUCCAGAGAAUUUAUUAUCAACUGGAUUAUCAUCAGCAGCAUCAACGAAAUUAUCAACUGGAUCACGUAUGAUGUCAUUAAUGAAUAGAAAUUCAUUUUUACAACAACAACAAGACUGUGAUCAAAUGUUUAAUAAUAAUAGUAAUAUGAAUGGAUUCACAUCAUCAACAACAUCAACAUCAUCAUUAUCAUCACCAACAGCGUUAGCAUCAUCAUCAUCAUCAACAACAACAUCGACUAUAUCUACAUCAACAACCACAACUACCGGAACAACAAUUAAUGGACAAUUAAGAUUAAUAAAUAAUAAAACAACCGAUGAUGAUGAUUAUGAUUUAAAUAUUGUAUUUGAUGAAAUUGGUGCCUUACAACAUAAAGGUUUAAAUGAACCAGAAGAUGAUAAUUCAACAGCACCAUUACAAUUAUUAUCACCAUCACAACAACAAUCAUCAUUAACAACAACUAUAUCGACAGCAAUGGCUACUACUACCACCAUUAUUAAUGAUCAACAACCAAAAAAACAAUUAACACAGAUUGAAAUUGAUGGAAAAAUUUAUAAAUAUGAUUCAGAUUUAUAUGAUCCUUCGGAUAUAACAUUAUCAAAUGAAAAAUAUUCAAUGAAUGCACGUUAUUUACGUGAUUUUCGUUGUGAACAAUGUCCAUUAUUUUUACAACAUAAAUGUACACAACAUAAACCAUUUACUUGUUUUCAUUGGCAUUUUGCUAAUCAACGUAGACGACGACCAUUACGUAAACGUGAUGGUACAUUUAAUUAUUCACCGGAUAAUUAUUGUACUAAAUAUGAUGAUACAACCGGUAUUUGUCCUGAUGGUGAUGAUUGUCCUUGUUUACAUCGUACAGCCGGUGAUACUGAACGUCGUUAUCAUUUACGUUAUUAUAAAACUGGUAUGUGUGUUUAUGAAACAGAUGAACGUGGUUAUUGUGUUAAAAAUGGUGCACAUUGUGCAUUUGCACAUGGAUCACAUGAUUUACGUAUGGCUGUAUUUGAUAUACGUGAACAACAACAACAACAACAAACCGGUACUAAUUCAAAUAACGGUAUAGGCAAUAUUCAUUGUGAUAAUGGUGUUGGUAUUAAUGGUGUUAAUCAAAAUGAUUUAAUUAAUAAUGGUGAUCAUUUAAUGAAUGGAUGUACCGGUGUUAAUUGUUGUCAAACAUCAUCAACAACAACAACAUCAUCAUCAUCAACACAACAUAUGUUUGAUAAAGAUCGUAAUGCAAUACAUGAAGAUCCACGUUGGCAAAAUACAGCAUUUGUAUUGGCUUAUUAUAAAACGGAAUCAUGUAAAAGACCACCACGUGUUUGUCGACAAGGCUAUGCAUGUCCACAAUAUCAUAAUAAUAAAGAUCGUCGUCGAUCACCAAAAAAAUUUAAAUAUCGUUCAACACCAUGUCCAUCAGUGAAACAAGGUGAUGAAUGGGGUGAUCCAAAUAAUUGUGAAAAUCAAGAUGAUUGUAUUUAUUGUCAUACACGUACUGAACAACAAUUUCAUCCAGAAAUUUAUAAAAGUACAAAAUGUAAUGAUAUACAACAAUCUGGACAUUGUCCACGUGGUCCAUUCUGUGCAUUUGCACAUUCAGAAAAUUCUGAUGAAAUUAAUAUGGCCAAAGAAUUUGCAACAAAUCCGAAUACAGAACUGCCACCACCAUCUAAUAAUAAUAAUACGAUAGGAUCAACAGCAACAACAACAACAACAUCGACAACAACAACAACACAAACAUGUAAAUCAAAUAUAAAUCAUCAACAUAAUCAUCAUCCACAUAGCCAACAACAACAUCAUCAAUCACAUCAUCAUCAUAAUCAAAAUAAUAAUAAUACAUCACCAAUGGAAAUUGUCCGUGCUAAUUCUUAUAGUCGUGGUUCAUCAUCAUCAUCAUCAUCAAUAACAGCAUCAGCAACAUCAGCAGCAGCAGUAAAUAAUUCAUCAAUGAUAAUUGCAUCAUCAUUACCUGAACAUGUUGAAUUUGGUGGUUAUGAUUUGAAUGCUCAACAACAACAACUACGUCAAAUGGCUCAAAAUGAACUUCAAGCCAAUAAUAAUAAUAAUUCUCAACAGAAUCAGAAUAAUAUUCUUGGACCAAUUGCACGUCCAAGAUCAUUUUCAACAUCGAAUACAACAAAAACAUCAUCAUCAUCAUCAUUAUUGGCAAAUUGGUUGGAUAGUAAAAAUAGUCUUUUACAACAUCAAAAAGCUGCUGCUGCUUUAAUGAAUAAAAAUGUUCAACAACAACAGCAACAGCAGCAGCAAUCAUUAUUUUCAACAGCAUCAUCUUGUUCAUCUUUAUUUUCAGGAUCAAAUGUUGUUACAGAACAACAACCUGUUUUACAGAAUGGCGGUGGUGGUGGUAAUAUUACGGGACCAUUUUCAACAAAUUCUUUAUAUGAACCACAACAACAAUCGAGUACUGCAUUUGAUUCAAUGUUAAAUAAUCAUGAUCUCAGCAGUUUUGAUGAGCUUGAUAAUUUUGUUACAAAAACGGCUAAUGCUAUUGAUAAUUGUCAUUUAACAUCAUCAUCAACAUCAUCAUCAUCGGCAUUAAGACGUGGUUCAUAUUCAUUUAAUGAAUCUGAACCUAUUAAUAUACCACGUAUAACUAAUAAUAAUAAUAAUGAUAUACAUCAACAUCGUUCAACAUCGGCUUCUGGUUUUAAUUUAUCACCUCCGAAUCAUCAACAACAACAACAACAAUUAAAUGCGGCAGCUGCAGCAGCUAUUGCUGCUGCUGCUGCUGCUGCUUCACCAAUUGGAUCAACAUUUUUAGCUAGCCGACAACAAUCAUUACCGAAUAAUCAUCAAUCAUUAUUUGAUCAAUAUGCUGUUGCAGCUAAUUUAAAUAAUGUUAAUGGUACUACGAAUGCAACAACCAAUCAACAACAAUCACAAUCAAAUGUUGUUGCAAUAUCAGCAGCAAUUAUGGAAAUGCAGCGAUUAAAAGAAGAAAAUAAUGCUGCGAAAAAUCGUAUCGUUGAAUCACAGGAAACUAUACAACAAGUUUUACAGUGGUGCCAUUUACAAUUGAACGAAGCACAAAAACGUGAAAAAUUGGCGGAAAAACGACGUGAAGAAGCUUUAUCAAUGCUUAAUAUGAGAGAAAAAGAAUUGGAAAUAUAUCGUACAAAUGAAUCAAAUUCAUUCCAAAAACGUUUGCAAGAUCUCUCAACAAUGUCUCAAACACAAUUAUUACAAUUGAAACAAAAAUUAUCACAAGAUUUAUCCUGCAUUGAAGAGGCAUUAAAAACAACUUCGGCCGCCGGAAAUAUUUUAAAUAAUUAAAAAAAUGAAGAGCUUCUUCCCUGCUUCCUGAAUAUGUUUAUCAGAUGAAAUCAUCAUACA